AUUAUUAAAAUUGUAUCAAACUUGGACUUUUGAAAUUUAUUUGUAUUAUUGUAAAGUCUGUUAAAAUGCAGUUUUAAAUUACAGUGUAAAUAUUAACCAUUUGCUAUCAUAUUACUUUGAAACUGAGUGGAAAUUUGUGGCCAAAAGCAGACAUACACCUUACAACCAAAUAAGGUUAAUAUGUUAAUUGUGAAAACAAAACAAUGCACUUGAUUUUCAUGAAAAUUUGGUUAUAGCUAAUGAAAUAAGUAAAAUUUUAUCGAGGACAAAAAGGUGAAUGAAAACCUAGUUCUUAAAAUCAUCUCUAGGUGGAGUAUUACAUCCUAAUAGAGAACAUAUGCAAAUAACAAGUAAUAUUAUAACAAAUGUGACUUGUCUUCUGUUUCUAAAACUUACUUGCUUAAAACUUGCUUACUUGGAAUUAUGGUAAACCAAGUUACCUGGAAGAAAAAGGAAGCAUACAGCAGCUUCCAAAUAUGACAAGGUAGAACUCUUAACAUUCUUGUAUAGAUUCAGUUGCAAAAAAAGUAAAAUACAUUGAGAUUCAUAUUGGUAUUGUGAAAAUUCUUGAAACAUAACUAAAACUUUGAAAAAAAUUGUUUUAUAAAGAAAAAAAGAUAUUUAACUUUCUGUAAGCUGACUAUACAAACAUAAGUGAUAAUGUGGAAUUUUGCAAGAUUUGUUUAAGAAUUCUUAGAUAUCAUAUAAAGAAAAUAUUUAGGAAAGAAUGUGUAAAGCUUCCAACAUGCACAUUAUCUGGUAGACACAAAUCAUAAACUUUCGAACACCCAUGUUGAAGAAUGGAUAGCUGGCAAACAUCUCAAAUGUAGUAUAUGAAUUAUUUAUCAUGUAAAAUUAAAAAUGAAAAGUUGCACCCAAAAUCAAUGUUUUUAUCAAGGUACCAGUAAAAAUUUCAGUUGUACCUUGUACAAUUUGGGAGAAUCAUAGAAAUAUGUUUCUCCAUAUCCAUCCUUACCAAAUCUUUUAGUAAUUUUUUGGUUGAAUUGAAUAGUUCAGCUAGUUAGACAGCAGUUGGAGCCUUUUUUACCUAUGGCUUGAUAUAGGCAAAGGUACUGUAUAAAUAGGCAGUGAAAAGACUAAAAAACUAGUUAAGAUAAGCAGGUUUUUUAACUUAAGACAAGAAUGUGCAACUGAUAAAAGAUGUCACAAAUAAGGAUGAGGGCAAAAUGCCCAUUAAGUUGUGUUUAGUUCCUUCAAAAAGGUUUUGUUGAAAGCUGUUUAAAUGUGCAAGACUGGAUAUUCUUCGAUUUCCUGAAUUCAUAAAUGAAUAAAUUUUCUAUGGCAACCGCAACUAAAAUGAAUUAUGAAAAUCAAGUAAAUCUCUCUUGCAUACGGAAUUUUAAUUAUUUGGAAUUCCUUGUCAUAAGUACUUGAUUAUAUAUAUUAUUACACAUAUUAUCACAAAUAAAGCAUUUUUCUAAAAGUUAAUUUGUUUUUAAAGAAAUAUGGCUGAAUUUAACAAUACAUGCAAUUCUCAAAAUGUUGUAUUACAAAAUCACAUCAAUCAUUUUAAUUUAAAAUUUUUUACUGAUAAAGAAAUCGAAGAGUUACCUGAUGCUCCAACGGAGCCUAUUCAACAGCAUGUUAAUCUUACUAAUGAGAAUCCUGUAUUGAACAGCAUAUUAAACAGCAAUAAAAGUGAACAUUUUCUUCCUGUGCCCGGUGCUUUACUACCAUCUGCAAGCCAUACUAAAUUAAAAAAAAGAAGACCUAGUAGAAGAAGAAUUUAUUCAAAACCUCGUAAACGAAUGAGAAAGAAAAAAGAAUUAUUUGCAGAAAAUGAAAUAAGUCCAUUUUUAAAUGACAUAGACUCUCAAGAUUUUGAAUCUGAUGCUUCCUCUGAUACUAUCAUUAUGGAAGAUUUUGAUAUUCCACCUGUGCAAAACAUUUUGUCCACAAAUUUUACUAACAAUGCUCCCUGUCCAAGUGUUAAACUGCCCGAACUUGGAAAAUUAUUAAUUAGUAAUGAUAUGAUUAAAUCUGAUUUUCCAGUCAAAGUAAAACAGGAACUUAUUGAAAGUAACACUGACUUGAAUAGUUCUAAUAUUUGUUCUACCACAUUAAACAUUAAAAAAGAACCAAUUGACUAUGAUAUUGCUAAUGUCGAACCACCAGCUCUACCAGAAAUUAGUGAUGUCUUUCCUGUGCGAAAUACACAUAUUCCCUCUUUUAAAACAUUACAUUCAGAUACAAAAAAAUAUCCUGAUUUUUGUUUUAAGGAUGCACGAUUUAUUGCUGCUCAAAAACCUAAGCAAACAGCUAGGAAAAGAACUGCUCCACGAAAUCCAGUUUUAAUAGGUAAUGAUUUACAGAAAAAAAAUUCUUCCAAGUAUAAAAAUAAUAGCUCAUUUAAUGAAGAUCUGAACUUGACUAUUUAUAAUCAACAGGACUUCUUGAAUAAUGAAAAAAUUAUUACUUCUGCAAAUAACAGCUCCGUAGCAUUUAGUGAAAAAAGUGAGCCUAUACAUUGUAAAAAAAUUGUACAAUCUAAAAAUAAAGUUAAUACUGCCUUAAGUAAACAAACGAAAUCUGAAUUUUUAAAGAGUGAUACAGCUUCUGUAUUUCCGCAUCUUUUUAAAGCUCUCUGUGAACAAGAAAAACUUGCCAAAACAACUCAAAAGAAAAAUACUGCUGUUAAAAAGAACACUUCCCCCAAGAAGGUAAACUCUAAAGUAGCAAAGUUAUCUGAAGAAUUAUUUCAUAAUACUCAAGAAGAAGGGCUUUUAGUUAAAGACAGUGACAAUCAACCAGUUUAUUUGUUUCCUUUUGAGAACAGACUUCUUUCUAAUAAAAAUAAUUUUAAAAAAUCUAAUAGUGCUAAGCAACUUGAAGAACCUGGAUUUAAACAUGUACUUGAAAUGAAUUCUAAUGUUGAAAAUUGUGAAGAUCAGCCACCCGACAUGUUUUCACCUGAAAGCAAAUUUCUUGCAACAAAGAAAAUAUCUAAAAAAUCCAAAAAUAUAAAACUAUUGGAAGAACAAGUGUUUAAGAAUGUUCUUGAAGAAUCAUUUACUGAUAGUUAUGGUGAAGAUCUACUAGCUCAAACAUUUUCCUCUGAAAAAACACCUCUUACAAAUAAGACCUACAAAAUAGCAAAAAAUAAAAAACUAUCUGAAGAGCACAGAAAUGCUCUUGAAGAAGAGUUUAUAGUUACUGGCAUUGAAAAUCAACUAGUAUGUCAUUCUGAUGAAAAAUCACUUCCAGAAAUUAAGCAUAUAAAAAAUGGGAUGCCAGAAAAAUUAAAAAAAGCUUCAGAAGAGAAUCUAUAUGUUGGAAGCUCAGAAGAUCUAAUGUAUCCAUCUCCUUUGGUAACCACACCACUGCCAAAAAAGAAGACAUCUAAACGAAAAGCACCUCUUACAAAAAAGAAAACCUCAAAAAUAUCAAAAAAUAAAAAUCUAUCCGAAGAACUUAAAAAUGCUCUUGAGGAAGAGUUUAUAAUUUCAGAUAAUGUAAAUCAACCAUCCUGUUCUUCUAAAGAAAAAUCGCAUCCAGCGAUUGAAGAUUUUGAAAGUGUAAUAUCAAAUGAAAUUAAAAAUUCUUCUGGACAGAAUCUAUGUGUUGGAAGCGCAGAAGAUCUGAUGUAUGUAUCUUCUCCAGUAAAUACGCCAUUUCUGAAAAAGAAGACACCCAAGAGAAAAGCACCUCUUACGAAAAAGAAAACCUCCAAAACAUCAAAAAAUAAAAAUCUGUCUAAAGAACUUAAAAAUGCUCUUGAUGAAGUGUUAGUUACAGAUAAUGUAAAUCAAUCAGUAUGUUCUUCUGAAGAAAAUUCACACCCAGAGAUUAAAAAUUCUUCUGACCAGAAUGUAUGUCUUGAAAGCACAGAGAAUCUAAUGUAUUUCUCUUCUGUAAAUACACCAUUUCUAAAAAAGAAGACACCCAAAAGAAAAGCACCUCUUACAAAAAAGAAAACAUCAAAAAUAUCAAAAAAUAAAAAUCUACCCGAAGAACUUAAAAAUGCUCUUGAUGAAGAGUUAAUAGUUUCAGGUAAUGUAAAUCAACCAUCCUGUUCUUCUAUAGAAGAAUCACAUCCAGCGGUUGAAGAUUUUGAAAGUGUGGUGUCAAAUGAAAUUAAAAAUUCUUCUGACCAGAAUCCAUCUAUUGGAAACACAAAAGAUCUAACGUAUUUAUCUUCUCCAAUAAAUACACAAUUCCUGAAAAAGAAGACACGCAGGAGAAAAGCACCUCUUACGAGAAAGAAAACCUCCAAAACAUCAAAAAAUAAAAAACUUUCUGAAGAACUUAAAAAUACUCUUGACCAAGAGUUAAUAGUUACAGGCAGUGAAAAUCAACCAGUAUGUUCUUCUGAAGUAAAACCACUUCCUGACUCUGAAAACAUGAAUAAACUUAAUAUGUUAUCAGAACAGUCAAAAAAUGUUUCUGAAGAGGACCUUAGUGUUGGGAGCACAGAAGAUUUAUUCUAUUUAUCUCCCCAUCUAAACACUUCGCUUCCAAAAAAGAAGAAACCCAAAAGAAGCCCACGCAGAUUUUCAAGUAAAAAAAAGAAAUCUCAUAAAAAAUCUGAUGAGCUCAACUGUAGUAUUCAAUCUAUUUCAGAUAUUAAAGAUACUGAAGCUAUAGGAAUUGUAUUAAAUGAAGAACGAAGCAUUCAGAUUUCUGAGCCAAAUCUGAUUGCUAUUGGUACAGAAGAUGUACUCGUUGCAGAUAAGAUACCUGCUCUUAGCACGCGCAAAAAGGUCAGCAAACGAAGAUCCCCUAAGAAAAAUAGUCGUCUAAGAAAAAGAAAAAAGUCAGUGUCUUCUAAGAUAGAAAUCAAUAAUAGAAAUACAGAAAAUAUUAUUUUGAAUGAGAAAAGUGAUUUCAAUGAAAAUUUAAAAACGACUGAGAUCGCUCAAAAUAAUUCUGCUAAUAUUCACCCAGCACUUGUGUCUCAAUCUUUAUUAAUGAAAAGUGGUAGUCCAGAAUCUUUAAAUUUUAAUAUAAUUAGUUUGCAGAAUAGGGCUGAAUCAAUAAAUAAAGCAAUUAAUUUUCAAAAUUCAAAAAAUAAAACUAAUCAGUCAUCUAUGUUUCUCCACAAUGAUCGAAUUAGUUUAUUCAAUUCCUCUUCAAGUUCCAUCCUUAAUUUAAGCAUAAAAAAUGAACCAGAGGAUCCGGUAAAUAAAACAAAUAACAUUAAAAAUAAUUUUAAAGAAAACUCUUCAAACGUUAAUGUUGAAACUAAUGGUGAAAAAAACAUUGUUCAAUCAAAGGCAGCUACAAUUGGAGAUAAUACUUUCAAGCCUUAUGGUAAUAUUUCUAUUAAAACUGAGGUAUUGAGUGAUGAUGAGUGCUCUAUAAUCGAAGUUAUAAAUGCUUCACAUGAGGUAAAUAUAAGAUCCACUAUGUCUGCUGAAAGUUCUAUGCAGCCAACUGAUUGUUCAAUUAAACCAUCUGAAAGACCAAUAAAACCAACAGAAAAUUUAGUAAAACCAACUGAAAGUUCAAUAAAACCAACUGAAAGUUCUAUAAAACCUGUGAAGUCAAGAAAAGAUCCGAUACUGAGCAGGUUAGAAGACAUAGCACCAAAUGAACUACUAUUAGGUACACGUUCUGAAACUAAACGAUUACGCUUAUUAGCAGCAACUUCUAGCACUGGUAGUGAGAAUAAAGCCUCUAACGUAGAUUCCCAGAAUUCUGUAACAGAAGAUAAAUCAAACCAAAUGUCUUUGAGUGUUUCAAAUGCCACUUCAAUGUCUGAAUCAUCACCAUAUGUCACACGGAAAUCUAAAUCAAAACAAAUUACUAAUACAUCUCAGACUUUAUUUUCUAAUGAAGCAGUUUUACAAGAGUUUAAUAAAUCUAAACAAAUUUCUUCAACUACCUCAUCUCCUACUCCAGUUUCUGAUGCAUCAUCAUCACAGAUCUCUAUUCAAACUAAACAAAUUUCAUCUGCAAUUUCAAGUCCUGCUCCAGUUUCUAAUGCUUCCUUAUCCCAGAGUUCUAUUCAAUCUAAACAAAUUACUUUAACUUCUUUAAGUCCUACUGCAGUGUUUGAUGCUUCACCAUCACAGACUUCUGUAGAAUCUACUUCAGAAAUAUCUUAUAACUUCAUUCGUAACCCAUCAGUUUCAAUUAAAAUUGAAGUUGACAGUGACGAGGAAGAUAUACCUCUUUCUACUCUUGUUUCUCUUAAACGAAAAAACUCUAUUGAAAGUAGAGUAGAAGAAGUAACUUGUAAAACUAAUUUUGGUAGUAGUUCUAAAAAUAUAAAUGUUUUUUCAAGCUGUCCUAAUACUAUCAUGCAUAGUUCUCCCAUUAGUAAUUUUCCUCAUACUCAAGAAUCGACCAAGACUCCCAAUAAUCAGGCUGAUACUUUAAUCCCCAUUAUAACAAGUGUGAUGAAUACUGACUUGCAUAAAUUAAAUGUUGAAUCAAUUACUUCCGCCUCUAAAUACUGUAUGGAGAAAAACACAUCAAAAAGCAAACCAACUUGUUCUCCAAAUUCCCAAACUAUUUCUGAUAUAACAAUGCCUGACUGUUCUAUUUCUGUUACGAUUCCUCAACAGAAUUUAUUGAGUAAUUCUCUAGAAUCAUCUAACAAAAGAUGUGAGAAACAAGAUUUUUUGAUCAGUGGUAUUCAGAUCAAGAAAGAAAAAGAUGUUUGGCCUGAUGAAAUGGAAAUACUUAAUGGUAACAUUAAUAAGCAAAUUUCAGCAAACAUAUUAAUAAGUGAUGAACAUAGUUCAUAUCAAAAUUGUACAAGUUCUUCCAUUACUAAUGAGCUACCCCAUAGCAUUGGCUUAAUUCAGCAAAAUAACAUUGUAAUGAAUAACGAGUAUGUUUCACGUAAAGAGUGCUUACAAGAAAAUGUUUCAUUAGGUGAUAAAACGGAUAAUCAUCAAACUUUGAAGACGUUUGGAAAUUCUCCUUGUGAUUUAGAGCAGAAUUUUCACUUAAUUAACAAUAAAACUAUGAAUUUAAAUCCGAUUGGAAAUUAUAGGCCUAUUACUGUUAAUGAAAUGAAUAAAUUUGAGAGUAGAAUUUCAACUUCUAAUAGAGAUAGCCUUAUUUCCAACUUUUUGUCAUGCAUACCGUCUGAUCUAAGCACUAUUUCUGAAAGAAAUUUAACUUCAGAUAACUUAAUGGAUUCUUCAUUAAAUUUUAAUAAUGAUUUAUGUGGGAAAUCAGAAGAUUUAGACUCCUCUUUUUCUUCUAGAUUUUCAACCCCUUUUAACCAAGAUAUUAAUAAUCGUGCAAUAGAUUCAGCUUCUCUUUGGAUUGGAAAUGAAAAUUCUUCAGAUUCAAUGCAAACUCAUAGCUCAAAUGUUUCGUUCUCUUACCAAAACUAUGACUUUAGUUCUACUGAAAAUCUUUCUAAUUAUGAAAAAAAUAUGAAAUUCUUCUUCAAAUUUCCUUUCCCUGGUGAUAUUUUAUCAGGAUUUUAUAAAUGUCGCAAAAAACUAAAAGGCAAGAAUUAUAUUAGAGCGAAUCCACUACCAUGGAACUUGAGUUAUGAAGAAGUUGCAUCUAGGAUGCGCAAUGCAACAGCUAAUGGAGUUGAUAAAGGUAAAGAUGAUAGUGAUAUAAAUGAUUUACAAUAUUAUUCUUUAAUUGAUGAAGAAAUAGGUUGUUAUCAUAGGCUUCUUGGUGUAGCUCCAUCAAAAAAAUUGAUCAGCAAGUGUUACAAAUUUGAUUUAAAGAGUAUUUCAGACCAGGAGACUCAAAAUAAUUCAGCUCUGUUACCGAAAUCAAGCUCAAUAGACCAUUGUGGGAUAUCUUCGUUGCCAAGUAUUUUUAUCACAGACUUAAAUGAAGCUCAGAGCUGUAAGGAAACGGAAAGUAUUACUGAACUUCUUAAUAGUACUAGAAAAAAUGUUGAAAGCUUAUUACCAUCUGAAGCAAGACAUACUUUCUUAUCAAUUCAAGGGACUUCAAAAAGUGCUGAACAAACUCUCAACACUGUUAAAAGUUUUCCCGUUGUCUUUUCAGAUUCAUCAGAUUCUCAAUCUAUUUCAAGCUCAUGCAUUCCAAAAUUUAAUAAUGUAUUUGAUAAUUUUUCACGGGAUAAAAAUAUGUCUGAGAAUUUAAGUGUGUCUCAAAAUAUUAGCUUUUUAACUCCUAAUGCUUUAGGUUUAACUAAUCUUUCAAGUGUUGAAAACACUGUGAAGAGAACUGAAAAUGUGUUUUGCACUAAUAUUACAUCAAAUGAGAAAGCUAUUAAUCAAGCUAUAAUGAAUAAAAGUUUUAUUUCUAUUGAUAAUUUUAAGAAAAGUUCCGUCACAGAUUGCUUUCCCACUGUUUCUUAUCCCGAAGUAUCUCAAAUGAAUUUAUUAACGGAUGAUUUUCAAUCUAAUAAGAUAUCUGAUCCAGAAAUUCUAUUAGAAGCUGCUGCUGGUAAAGUAAAUAAUUGGGAAAAGUUAUCAACAUCUGUUGCUGAUACUCCUGCUGUAACUUCAAGUCAACUCUGCACUCAAUCCAUAAAUAGUUCAGAAGUUUCUAAAACUGAUAUUCUGAGCAAGAUAUUACAAACAAUUGGACUGGCUAAUUUUUCCCCACAGAAAGUAUCUAAUGUAAAAAAUCAUUUAGUGCCAUUACAAAUGAAUAAACAAGAAACAGAAUGUGCUCCAAAUUUAGAAAAUACUGAAAUAUCUGAAAGGAUAGAUUGUGCAGAUAGCUCUAAAGAGUCAAAAGAAUUAAAAAUUCUUGCUGAUCUCCCAAAUACUUUAGAUGAUUCCAAUGGAACUGGCCGGGAAUAUUUAAAUAAACCACAUUCUAGUCUCAGUAAUAAAGAGAGCAUACUUGAAUAUGUAAUAAACAAUCUCAAAGAAAGUCAGAGUAGUUUGAUUGAAUCUUCAAAACUUGUUCUGGAGAAAAAUACUUGUGAUGAAAUUACUAAUUCAUCAAAUACUAAGAUUUGUGAAUCAAAUAUUGAUGGUUUGAAGGGCAACAGUAGUGAGGAACAAGGUGAAUUACAUUUAGAUAAAGAUAAUAAUACAAUAGUUACUAGAAGUUUAGAAUUUUCUUCAUUGAUUGAACCUGAUCCAAUCUGCAGUUCUGAUGAAAACGAGAAUUUUCAAAAGCCCCAGUUGUCAUUAAAUUUAUUGAACUCCAUAGUGUCGUUGAAUACUGAUGAUCUUAAAAAGAUUUUAGAAACUGCAAAGAAUACAAAUGUGGGUAAUGAUUUAACUGUUGAAAACAGUAAUUUAAACGAUAUUGCUAUCCCAAGAAGUGAUGGACAAUAUCCCAUUUCUGACUAUGAUAAAUUACCGAACAAAAAUACUGAUAGUAUCUCUAUUUCUUCAGAUUAUAUGUAUUAUGAUUACCACUCUCCAUUUCUGAGAAUACCUACUGUGCGGGACUAUGACCACAAAUCUCCAUUAGAAACUGUAACUAAUGAAACAAGUGAUUGUAAUGUCCCUGAAAAUAAACUAGAAAAAAAUAUUUCUACCAAGAACCUGGAAGAAGCAGAUUCAGAUUUGGAUCAAGGUGUAGAUAAUGAAUUUUUGCCUGAAUACUGUGAUCCGAAUAUAGAUUCAGAAAAAGAGGAGGAAAAUACCUCUCCUAAAAAGGAAAAUUCUUCAACUGAAGUUCAAAAGCCUUCAACGGACAAUGAAAAAGGCAAGGAAGAAAAAGAGAAAAUUGCUAUUACUGAAGAAUCAAAUAAAGAAAUGCCACAAUAUAAAAGUAGAUGGGAAAGAAUAAUGGAAAGGAAAGCUAUUGAAAAAAAGAAAGAUGAAGACUUGUUAUUAAGUUAUUUCCAUUUAUCUAAGUCAAGAAGAAGUAAUGUUUCUAAGAAAGCUGAAUUUCAGAAUCCAGCUAAAAAGACUUGCAAUUCAGAGCAUAGAUCUAAAUCACAGAAAAAGGAAAUUUCUACUGCAUCGAAAAGUAAUACUACUAAUAAGGAUGCAGUAUUACCUGCUUCAUCCAAUGACAAUUCUUUAUCAAAUUUUCCAGCUCAAAAAACUAUUAAAGUGCAAAAGUCUGUCAUGAGCAGACAAAUUGAAAAAACGAUGACGAAGAAAGACCUGAGCCCCAUAAAGAAGACUAAACUGAUUGGGAAAAAGCAUUGUGACACCAAAAUAUCAAGUGAUAAAUUUAAUAGUUCACAUAAAAAAAGUAAAGAUGAUCAUCAAACAAAUGAAGUCAAAUUAAGCAAAAUUUCUCCAAUUAAGAAGAAAGCAAAGUUCAAUCAGCUUCCUUCAUCUGAUGAUUCUUCUUCUAAUCUAUUUACCCCAGAUAAGGUAAUAAAAGUUAUUAAUGAAAAAAAGAUAGUCAAUUCCUGUGGUAAAGAUGGAAAGGAUAACAAAAAAAUUUAUGGAAGAGUUACCAACCGAGGAAGUUUUUUGACUCAAUCGCCUUUAAGUGAUAAGCCUAAGAUGAAAACAAUUCAAACUAAAAAGAGUUUCUCUAAGCCUAAAGAUAAAUCUGCUUUCUUUGAUGAAAUACAUUCAAGAAUUAUUACUCCUAAUAUUGAACUUACUGCAACAACACCAACCUUCCCUAAACGUGGUUAUAAUUAUUUUAAUGAUCACAAUUAUAAAGAUGAUACAUAUAGUUAUAAUGAUUAUCCUAUAAAGCAGCACUCUAUUUCCAAUAGUGAAAUAAGCAUAUCUCCUAUUGAUGAUUUUUCAUCGCUCCCUACUGAUACAACUCCUCCUGUUCUCGGUAACAGUUCUUCCAGUAAUAUACUUCCUUACAUUCAAAGUGAAAGCUCUCUUCCUGACCCAAGACUCAAAACUCUACAUCCUGUACUUCCAAGUAUAUCAAACAAUGAUAUUUCUUCUUUUGUAGGUACUACAGCAAAUAUUCCAUCUCGCAGGGAAUCUGAUACAACUCCUACUUUUCAGUCUUCUAUAGUGUCUAGUUCAACAUUUAAUUUUGAUUCUUUAGCAAAUAAGAUUAACAGUAGGGAGUCAGAAACUACUCCCGUUUUUCAGUCUUCUUUAGUGUCAAGUUCAACAUUUAAUUUUGAUUCUUUACAAAAUCAAUCUAAUGACAGGUUGCCUAUUCACAAUGUAAGCAACAAGCCUAAACAAAGACUUUCAAAGUGUGUGUGCUUACCACCAAGACAUAUGAAAGAUUCUGUUGGACACACAGUGUUUGAUACUAUUAAUGUUUUAUUAUUGAUUCUUGAGUGGAAUGUGGAUUGGUUGUUUCAGCAACGUAAGAAUUCUUCUCCUCCACCUAUAUCUAAAAGUGUAAAGAAAGUAAUAAAUACUUAUGAAGAUUUUGAAAGUUAUUAUAACACAUAUUUUCCAUUAUUGUUACUUGAGACAUGGCAAAGAAUAUAUGUGUCUUGGAAUCACCUUCAUUCAGCUCAUCCAUAUAUCUGUGAGAUAAAAAUGUAUUCUGUGGAACAAUCUUCUAUUAAAGUGGAAUGCCAGACAAUAUUUAAUCCGGCUGAUACUGACAGAGGACUCUUUCCUGAAGAAGGAAACAUUAUAAUGGUAAAAUUUGGUACAAAGAGCAAAGGGGGAAUCAAAACUCUGGGUUAUGUAACUGAGGUUAAAGUUCGUGCAGUUAAUCCAAGUAUUGACUCUCAGAGUAAAUGUUAUCAAUUUUGGAAGUGUUCCCCAAGUGACCAUCUUCAGUUGCUUCAAAUGAGCUUCAUUGGUGCAUAUACCUCUGAAGACUUUGAUAUAAAGCUACCUAUUCGUGUUCAUGUGCUAUGCAAUGUUAAAAUAAAUUUAAAGCAAAAUGAUGCUUUAUUAAAAGCAAAACAUUCUCCGUUAGGAAAAAAUAUUUUAAAUCCAUUAGAAGAUGAAUUAAGAGUUGUUGAGUUGGCUAGUCGUGAUUCUAUUGAUGAAGAAAAGAUAGCUUUUUGUGUUAAAGAAAUUGUAAAAGGUAUUUUAUCACCUCACCCUAUUCCAAUCAUAACAAUUGUUAAAUCAUACCCUUCAUCUGAUCGUUUGAUGAUUCUCCCUCCACUGAUUAAAAGAAUGAAAGACUCAUAUGGUACUAAAGUACUAUUAUGUGCUAGAACUACAAAAUGUUUGAUUGACAUUGGAUUGUAUUUAGAUGAAAACCAUGUUAAAUUUGUGAUAACAGGUAAGCGAGCUGAUGUUCCAUUGAAAUUGAAAAAGUACCUAGUGGAGGAUCUUGCUGUCAAUCGUGCUUUGUCUGAUCAGCUAUCAGAGAGCAGUGGUCUUGAAGAUCCUGUCUGCAAAGAAAACUUAAGACAAGAGAGUGUAGCAAAGGCUAAAAAAUUUAUUUUUAAUGACUGUGAUGUAAUUUUGUCAUUAAUAAAAAAUUGCCAUGAUGAUUAUCUCGGACAAUCUUUUGCAGAUGGUGACAGUGUUUCUCAGUUGUGUUGUAUUAUUGAUGAAGCUAAUCUAUGUACAGAACCAGAAAUUUUAAUCCCUGUGUUAUUUGGAAUAAGCAAAUUGAUUUUAAUUGGUAAUCCUGAUGUUUCUGCUAAAGUUUGUUCCAAGACAGCAUCUAGUUAUGGUUAUGGGAAAUCCCUUUUCCAUAGAGCAUAUGAGUUAGAUCUUAUAUCAGAAUAAAACGAGUCUAUAUUAUAUGUAUAUAUGUACAUAUGGAAUUUUAUAAACUGUUUGUUAAUUUCUUUUUAAACUGCAUUUUUUCUGAAUGUUUAGCAUUGAAAUCAUUUAAUUGUUGAUCUCAAUACAAUUGAUGUGGCAACUUUCUAAACUUCUGAAAAUAGCAGAAAAACCCCUCCAUUUUUCAUUUGAGUGAUGAAGUUUUGUAUAUUUUUAAUUAUUACAAUGCAUUUUAUUUUCCUUUAUCUUUCCUAGUAUUCUGAACAAAAGUGUAUAUAAAUUAAUAUGCUUCUAUCCUUUAAGCUAUGUUCAAAUUGUUUUAAUCGUAUUAAGUAAAUGUUAAAUAUUUGCUGCCUAUUUUGUUGUUCCUCAGUUUUAUGGGAUUUCUCAAAAUUCAUAGUGUGAAUAUUACGGAAUGAUGGACUAUAAGUAUAAAAUGUGAAAGAUAUCUGGCAAGACAGUCGGUGUGUAUUAUGAUUUCAUUCAAAAAAUCUAACACAUCAAGCUGACCUUAACUCUCUGUCAUCAGAUGAAUUAAAACAAUAAAAAAAAAACCUUGAAAAAAAUCUGUUUCUGUAGAACACCAAGUUCUCUGAACAAGUUUUGUCUCUGAGGUUUUAAGGAAACUGAUAUUUGCUAUGUAUAAUUAAAGCUGAUCCAAUUAACAAAAGUGUACAUAUACUAAAAAUAGAAAAAAAAAAAAACCUGAAUUAAUGCUAACAAAGAACCAAUAUAAAAUUUUUGUUAAAGCAAAUAUCAAAUUUUUAAGAUAAUAGAGCGCUUAGUACUACUAUUUUGUUACCACUUAAUCUUGCCAAUUUGAAAUGCAAUGGGUAGUUAUAGCCAAACAGAGGGGAAAAUUCUCAUUGCAGAUAAAUUGCAUUGACCAAAUAUUUGUUUAAUGUUAAAAUUUUUCUAUUGAAAUUUUUUAUGGUUGUGCAUGGGCUGUAUUAAUAUUCAUUUUAAGUACCACAUCAACUAAUGUUCGUACUAUGAGCUUUUGAAAUAUCUUUAUGUCUAUCUUUAUACAUUUUUUUUCACUUCAUUUAUAAUUACACUUUUUGAAAUGUGAUAAUUUUUUUUAUUUUCCAUGUAAAUGAAUAAGUUUUGAAUCUUUAAUAACUUUAAAAAUUUGAAUUCAUGAGUGAUAUUUAGAAUUCCCAGGGAUAUAUCUAGUAUUUUAAACGAAAUUUGUUAAAACUAGUCAGCCUCUUCCCCUUGGUUUUCUGCAAUCAAAACUGAGCGCUAAUUUUAUUUUUACUUUCUUCUGUUUAUUAAUUUCUGCUUAUUAAUUUCUUCUUAUCAAUUUCUGCAUUGAAUGUUACUGGAAUACUGAGUUUAACAGUCAUUAAAGCUUAAUAUGAAAAUGUAUGGCAUAGUGUUAAAAAAUACAAUAUUUUAUAUUUUUCUUAAAAAAAUUAAAGAAAUAAGUGCAGUUUCACAGCCUUGAGGUAUCCAAGUCAUAAUUUUUGUGCUUUCUUUUUUCCUCUCUUACCAGACUUGAUUUAACAAAAUCUUUUCAAAUCACCUUACCUUGCUAUCUUCUAUCAGCUUUAUUUACAUGUUGUAUUAUUAUUACUGUUUUUAUUAUGCAGUAUAGCCGAUUCUGUCCCGUGAGCUAAAUCAGUAAUUUAACUGUUACAUUGACACACAACUCUGCAAUAAGCUUGAACAAAACUAUCUCAAUAAACUUGAAUAGAUUGUUACAAAAGCAAUUUGGAUUUUGUUAAGUUAGUAAUGCAUUUAAAUCAGUAAAAAUAUUUAAAGUAAUAAAAAGAGUUUGUAAUAAAGUCUGUAUAGUCCUAACACAUAGAUUACUGAAUCUCCUAACAGGUUUUGAAAGUACUGGUGAAACCAGUUUAUUUUUAUAAUAAUUAUUCUCCUUCAAGCAAAUAUUUUGGGAUCUUAUAAGUGUUAAGAUUGCUUUUUUAAAUCAAAUGCAUUGGUUAAUAUCUCUCUUUCUACUUCAAUAAAAACGUGAUACAUACUUUCUUAGAUACUAAUUUUUUCAUGUACUGUAUUUGUUCUCAUGCUGCUAAUUUUAGUUCAAAAAUUACAUGAAGAAAAGUAAGUACUACUUACACUUGUAUAGACCUAUAUUUGUUUAUGGGCCCAUUUAAAUAGUUUGGGAUUGCAGAUUGUAAAAAUAGUUAUUUUGCUUUAUUUUAAAUUUGUUUGUGUGUAAACAUGCAUUUAUUCUGGAACUACUUGUUGAAUAUUUAUGUUUUUUGUUCAAUGUCAAUAUUGGUUUUGUGAUUGUAGGGAACCCUAGUCUAUUAUUUUAUGCUUAUCGAGCAAUUUUAUGCUUUGACUCUCAUAAAAUGUGCCAUUUCUGAUCUUUUUUUUUAUAUCUGGAAAUAUUUAGCAGCUCUAUACCUAUUAUUGCAGUAAGUUAAAUUUAGUACAUUCGAGUUCAAUUCAAUAUAAUUUGUUUUUUAGAUCGUUUUUUGAUCUUUGUUUUAAUUUAUUUUUAAAUAAAUUAAGAAACUGACCAAAAAAAAAUGCAUCUAGUAAAAAUGUAAUUUUUUUGUAACUUUUAUAUAACUAAGUAAAAAUAAUUUUCGUAAUUAUCUUCAUUAAAAUGAAUGUUUGUACACUGUAAUUCAGAAAGUGCAAUAUUAAGUUGAAGUGCAACUUCCAAUGUAAAAAAUUGUAUAUAGUACUUGUAUUCAGUAGCAUGAUUUUGAAAUUUUUCGUAUAUUUACCUUUAAUAAAAACUUUUGUUUUAUCACAUCUCCAGAAUAUUGCCAUUUAUGUAGCUAAAAAAAUGUUAUGACUACUAAAUUGUGUUCAUCUGAUCUGUUAAUAUCUAUCAAUUGUAUUAUAUAUGCUUGUAUAUAUAUACUCAUUCUGUGAAUUUGUUUAUUGUUUAAUAAAACUGACUUUUUUUAAACGUU